AGGCUUUUUUUUUUCUUUUUUCUUUUUUCUUUCCCUUUUUCCUGCUAUUAUACGGCGGAGACACUCCCUGUCCCCACUUUAUUUCGUGGCAGCUGGAGCUGUUUUUUCCUGGGAUGUUGGCGAGGGAGGUGCGCGCAGCCCGGGCACUGCAGUGGUGCGUUCACCUGUCCGCCUGGCCCUGAACGCAGCACCUCUGCUCCAAACAAUGGACCAGCUGGAGGGACAAAAACUGGGUGUGUGUUUUCCAUCGCUUCUGGAUUUGAUGGAAGCAGACGAGCCUAAGGCGUGUUGUCUCCCUGCAUUCGUGUGAGAGAGCGAGUGAGGACGGAGCACUUCUUCUACCGCACCGCCACACACCAUGCGAGGAGCAACCUUGCCUUGUUGCCUUGUUGCAGAGUGCUGAGAUGUUAGGGUCGAAGAGCGGCAGUGUCAGAUCAAAUCAGCAGACUGUGUACAUCAGAGGAGGCCGUAAGAGCCGCUUGAUAUUGGACUCCGCCAGGCCCCGUGCUGCAUUUAAUGCCCCUUUCGAUCAGAAUCAAGAGAAGACGCAUUAACGGAUCCCUCAUCAGCAUUUUACAUUCCUAUCAGAUUCAGCAGUCCCAAAAACAAAGCGUGCCAGGAUGGAGUGGUCGCUGGAGAGCGUGAGGGAGAUGCUGGCAGGAGGGAUGCAGUCUGUGAGGGAGUGUGAGAUCUGUGCCUGCACCAUCGGCAUGUGCGUGCUGCUGCUGUUCAUGUGGUACUGUUACAGAGUGGGCCGAGAGCACGGCCCCAGCCCGCUGCGUGGACGCUACCUAGCCGGGCCCGGGCGGAUCGGGGGCGUGGUGGGGGGAUUCAUGAGCUCAGACUGCCGGGGCCGGGGGAAAGGCAAGCAGGGGUCGAUGCUGGAGGAGCAGAACGGCUUCGCUUUCUGCCAGUCGUCCGAAUGCUUCCGCUGCACCAGCGCCGGCGAGAGCCUGAACCAGCGGCUCUAUCACAGCCUGCAGGAAUACGCCAAGCGCUACACCUGGUCCGGCAUGGGCCGGGUGCACAAAGGGGUCCGCGACCAGGGCCGGUACCUCAACAGCCGGCCGACGAUCCAGCGCCCGGAGGUGUUCUUCCUCCCCGACCUGCCCUCAGCCCCCUUCUUCUCCCGGGAGGUGCAGAGACACGACGUGGAGCUGCUGGAGCAGAGCUUCCCCGCCCUCCUGGCCGAGUUCGAGAGCAUCUACCACCAGCCUCCGGCCCGCAGCGGCUCCUCCCUCCCGCCCGGGUGGAAGGCCAACAGCACGCCCCGCGGGCAGUGGUGGACCUACUAUCUGGUCAACCAAGGCUCCCCGCUGGUGCUGAAUGUCAGGAGGUGCCCGCGGGCCUGGAGGGUUCUGGGCCAACUGCGCACCUUCAUUGCCAACAACGUUUUUGGAAACGCCUGCUUCUCUGUGCUGACGCCUGGAGCUCUCAUUACGGAGCAUUACGGGCCAACAAAUGUCAGGCUGCGCUGCCACCUGGGUCUCAGAGUGCCUCCGUCCUGUGAGCUGGUUGUUGGUGGAGAGCCACAGUGCUGGUCUGAGGGCAGCUGUCUCCUCUUUGACGACUCCUUCCUCCACAGGGCUUUCCAUGAGGGCAGCCCAGAAGACGGGCCCAGGGUGGUCUUCAUGGUGGACCUGUGGCACCCCAACGUCGCCGCUGCUGAGAGACAAGCCUUGGACUACAUUUUUACUCCCGGCCGUUUAGAGGACAAGGAUGGGAAGUAGCUGCGAGCGAGAAACCGUGUGCAAGUAAGAGACAGGUGGCGUUAAGGAAGUCUGUAGGAUUGGGGAGCGACUUUUUUUCUGCCUCCAGACCAGCUUUCACCUUCACUGUGUACAUAUUCUCCAGCUCGUUUAGUAUUGCUCAAAACACUUAAAAGCGAAUGACCAACAUUGGGCCUCUCUUAUCAGCUGCACUGUAUCUUUUAGCAGUGAUAC